AUCUAUGAUGCGUAGUCAACGGAAUAAUAGCAUAACUGGCAGAGGCGACAUAAACCAUUCGACUCACAAGCAUCAUAAACAUCGGAAUUAAGAUGCGCUGUAUAUUUCUACUUUGUCUUCUUGUGUCAGCUGGCUUCAGCGCCACUUUGAAAGGUGAUAAAAUAGCAGAAAAAGCCUUACAUCAGGCAAGAAACCCAGUUGAUGAUGUCAUCAGAGGUGCUCUUGAGCUUGUUCGUCAAUUGAUGCUUAAUGGCACAGAUUCCACUCCAGUUUUGGAUCCGUUUUUUAUCGACUAUCUCCUGGUUAAUUUCGAGUCCCAAGAUGCCAAUUUAUUAUUACAGGUGGACAAUACGUGGGUGACCCAUAUGGCUGAAUUCAUCAUCGAGAAUAUUUCAACUAACAUGGUCCGACUGACAAUGGAACUCGCCUUGAGCUUGCCCAAUUUCAAUAUCGAUGGCCACUACGCAAUGGAUGGAUUGAUUAUGAACUUGUUUCCGCUUUACGGCUCUGGAAAUUACUACGUACACGUCUUCGAUGUAAGCCUCGGAGGUGGAGCCGGUCUGAGCAUGGGAGUCCCUCCGCAGAUUCGCGAUUUGCACUUGGAUUUCACCUUUCAAAGCCUAGAAGUCAAAUUUGAAAAUCUAUUGGGAGGCGGCUCUUUGGAGACGGUCAUUGAAACUGCCAUCAAUGAGCUAGCUAAAGACGUGGUGGAUGCUGUAUGGGCUAUCAUCAACGAGCCUUUCUGUCAGUUGAUAGAAGAUACCAUCAACCAAGCAUUGGCAAAUAUGGGAGGCGAAGGAACCGAUUCGCCGGCGCUAGCUGACAGCAAAGAAGUCGGCAACGCAAACGCUUACCUUGACGAGGUGUUGGCUGAGCUCCGACAGGUGCUCUACCAGACACCGGGUGUUGAUCCUAAGACGCUACCUGAUGCGUACACUGAAAUCUCUGGAGGACACGCCGCCAUCUACAAUGGAUGGCUAAUAGGCCUAUCCAGCAUCCACCGAAGCGCUGAUGCUACCCUUGAUUACGCCGGACGUUUCAUUACAUUCAACGGAAGCGCUGGGUACACAAACAUGCAGGCUGGCUAUCGUGUGCAAGUCGAGGUUUGGGGAACCGGCCCUGAUGCCGAGGCCUUUGCGUUAAUCCGUAGCGUGGACUUUUUCUUCUCUUUCAAAAUCGACGCCAUAACUGGAGCUGUAACGGUCAAUGACUUCAAUAUUUACAACAUUGGACAAAUCGACAUAGAAAUCAACGGAUUGGCUCCGUUCGACUGGGCUUUCGAAUCGAUCGCUGAACUAAUUAUUAAAACAAUUAAAGACGAUCUAUCCCAGACCAUAUCUACCGUCAUUCUUGAAUUACUCCGUCAAGUGGUUGAGGGUAACCCACCACCUCCUCCUCCGGCGGCCGAAAUUUUAAAAAUCGCUUUUUAAAAAGAGACGUGCGUGAUCACAUUUCCUCGCAUUUCCUGUAAAAGCUGCCAAUUCAAUAUCAAUAUAUCACAAGUAGAUUUUAAGAGCA